CUCUCUCUCUCUCUCUCUCUCCAAAUAUAUAUACCAAAUCCCUCACAAAUCUCGCCAGUUCAUUUCGCUUCGGCUCACCACCUCUUUCAGAAUUCUCCCCACCUUCAACUUCUCUCUCUCUCUGAAGUCAUUUUCCAGAACACUGACAGCUCUGCUUAGAUCUCUCUCUGCUCGUUGCCGCUGAGCAGUUCCGAGCUUGCUUAGCAAUUCAAUCCAGAUGCAGUAGCACCGUCGUCUCUGAUUUUCGCUCUCGAGUAUUGGUGCGGGAGCUGAUACUUCUUGAUCUGAUUUCCUUGCUCUCGAUUGGAGGAUUUGGCCGACAGCAAUGGACGGCGCCGGCGGUGAGGGAACGGUGAGGCUCGGGGCUCUCAACUUGAGGGAGCGCAGCGGCCUGGACUCUGAUGUGUCGGUUUCGUCGCCGGUCACCAGGCAGAAAGCUGCCGCCGCCAAGCAGUUCAUCGAGAAUCACUACAAGAACUACUUGCAAGGAUUGCAGGAUCGCAAAGAGAGACGGCGGACGCUCCAGCGCAGAGCACAAGAGGCUCAUGUAUCAAGUGAGGAGCAGGAGGAACUGAUGAGGAGCCUGGAGAGGAGAGAAACUGAGUUCAUGAGGAUGCAAAGACGCAAAGUUGGGAUCGAUGAUUUCGAACAAUUAACUGUCAUUGGUAAAGGUGCAUUCGGAGAGGUCAGGUUAUGCAAGGCCAAAGGCACUGGGGAGAUUUUUGCCAUGAAGAAACUGAAGAAAUCGGAAAUGCUUAGCCGUGGGCAGGUUGAGCAUGUUCGAUCAGAGAGAAAUCUACUAGCCGAGGUGGACAGUCGGUGCAUUGUAAAGCUGUUCUAUUCUUUUCAAGACUCAGAGUUCUUGUACCUAAUAAUGGAAUAUUUACCUGGUGGAGACAUCAUGACAUUACUGAUGAGAGAAGAUAUUCUUUCCGAGGAUGUUGCUCGUUUUUACAUAGCAGAAAGCAUCCUAGCGAUACACUCAAUUCAUCAACACAAUUACGUUCACAGGGACAUAAAACCAGAUAACCUUAUACUGGACAAAAAUGGCCAUUUGAAGCUUUCAGACUUUGGUCUGUGUAAGCCCCUUGAUGAUAAAUAUUCAACUUUGUUGGCAAAUGAGGAUAUUGUGAACCAGGAGGCCACGACUGACAGCGGAGGUAGUGACAGGCCACCUUGGAUGAUGCCCAAGGAGCAAUUGCAACAAUGGAAGCGCAAUCGCCGUGCCCUUGCUUAUUCAACUGUUGGAACUCUUGAUUACAUGGCUCCUGAAGUGCUCCUGAAGAAGGGAUAUGGAAUGGAAUGUGAUUGGUGGUCCCUUGGUGCAAUUAUGUAUGAGAUGCUUGUUGGAUACCCACCCUUCUGUUCUGAUGAUCCCAGGAUCACUUGCCGCAAGAUAAUAAACUGGAAGACAUGUAUGAAUUUCCCCGAGGAGCCCAAGUUAUCCAAUGAGGCCAAAGACCUGAUUCGCCAUCUGCUUUGUGAUGUUGAUACAAGGCUGGGCACCAGAGGAGUGGAAGAAUUGAAGGCACAUCCAUGGUUCAGAUCCGUUCAGUGGGAUAAGCUGUAUGAAAUGGAGGCUGCAUAUCAGCCUACAGUGAAUGGAGAGUUGGACACGCAGAAUUUUGAGAAGUUUCCUGAAUUGGAUGGUGCACCAUCAGCAAUACCAAGUGUGGGACCCUGGAGAAAGAUGUUGGCUUCGAAAGAUACCAACUUCAUCGGAUUCACUUACAAGAAAUCAGAUGUCCUCAAAUCGUUGGAAAGCUCAGGUACAGACAUGAAAUCAAAUGGAAGCUCCCCAUCGUUGAUUUCCUUGUUAGGUCAAAUGGACUUGCAAGACACUGUGAUACCGGAAGUUGAUGACAGGGCAGAAUCCUGAUGUUCGACCGUCAUCCUGCUUCUGAUGCUAGGAUCUUUCUUAUUGUCGGUUUCUUGACCAAUUUACAACUCCACAAAAAGAAGCCGGGUACGAAGGCCACACCUAGGUGAAUAUCUUGCCAGCAGGAGAAAGAUGAAUAAGGUUCAGAAUGAGGUAACUCUUUGGGUGCAAACCUUUGUACCCCCCAUUUCACUUUUGCCACUGUUAUCCCCCUUUGCUCUCGCCGCACUGAAAAUGCUAAAGCUUCAUACUGUAAAGCCAGUAAAUAGCUCUCGAUAUCAAUUUCCCAAUUAUCAACACUGCUUUUCUUCUUUGAUUUUUGUUUUUGGUACGAUGUCGAACUAAGAAGAAGUGAUCAUCUAGUUGAUCCCCCCAAUUUUGUGUACCACUGUGAAUAUCUUUUACUUACUGUACUUCUCAUGCCUGUGCUACGAAUAAAAUCCCCGCCAGAGAUCAUCUAGGUGCUCGUUUUUUUUAGGAUCAUGUCACGGUUUUACUGCGUUGAUUUUCGCUGAAUCGGAUUUUAAGGCAUAUCCUAAUCCCACUGCGCGUUACGAUCCUGUGGAUCGAACAUCGCAGCUGCUUCUAGUCUUUCUGUACUACAUUCAUUGUGCUGGGUUGGAGCCUAAUUUUAUGGUAAUGCUAGAUUGCUAGUCGCCUAGCUUGGCCAGACCGCCGAACAAUCCAACAGAGCAUUUGUGAAGGAAUAUAAUUGGCGUGGGGAGACACUCCCCACCUCUUUUUAUCAUUGAAUUCAAUACCUGCUUUAGCGUAGGAUUUUGGGGUUUUGUCCUAGCUCUGUCCCUUUCCAUGAUAUUUUUGCCGACAUUCAUAUGCUUUCCCUCUUGUGUCAAUUCCCUAUCUACAAAAAAUAUACCCUUUGAUUGAUUCCCUUCCAGUCUCCAGAUAUUUUUUGACGCUCAACUCGCCCCCACCAAGGAAAUGUGAAGCACGGUAUUAAUCGAGAAGCUUCCGAUCGAGUCGAUCAAGAAAAUGAAUUCGGGAAAAUAAUGUUGAAUGUCAAUUUCCAAAACCUUUGUUGUUCUGUAUCUGAUGGAAUCCGACGUUUCCCUCGUCUAGAGCACGCCAACUUAUUUGAAAGGUCAUGCACAAUAUUACAGUCACGAACAUGGUGUUUGGCUCGAUAUGCCUCCGACUCGUCUUAAAGCUUGCUAGUCUCGACGUGAUUGUACUGCCGUUCCGUCUCGACGUAGUGGUCCAGAUACAAUUAUAGAAGAAGGGAGGGAAAAUUGAAGCCAAAAUUGGGCAGCGAUAAUUGUCCCUUGGUUAGAAAAAAGUAGCUAUCUAAGUGUCGCUUUUGCUACAUAACUGUAUUCAUUUAUGUGUUGCUUGCUAGUUGCUAAUGCUAAGCUUAGUUAGGUUACUAAAAUUGGUGCGAAUAUUGGAGAUGUCGAUCGAAAACCCAAAAGAUCUGUUGUGAUAUUUACGUUGCUUUGUGAGGGAUAGAGAGAUAAAAGGCCUAAGGGCUAGUAGCAAUGGCGGUGGCGGCGAGGAGAAAGGCAAAUUGCCAAAUGCAUUCCAUACAGGGGAGUUUCGGGUAGGAUGAGUUUGAAUUCACG